AUGACAUUUAACAAAUGUUUAACUGCUGAUAGCAACAGAAGUAGUUCUGUAAUUAAAAUUGAAGAAACAAAGAGUUCACUUAUUAAAAGUGAUAUAAACUGGGGCUUGACUCGUUUAGGUUCUUAUUCAAGUCAAGUCACUCGAGUAAGUCAAGUGAAGUUAAGUAGUCAAGUCAAUUUGGGGUUGUACGAUGACAAGGGUGCUUGUGAAUAUCGCCUUGCCAAUUAG